UCUCAUCCGAUCAUGUAAUCCAUGAGAAACGUGCCACUCUUGGCAACUUCGAUCGACGACUAGAGCCCCAUGUACGCCUUCCGAUGAGAAUCGGUCUCAAAACCAAUAAAGUUGCACGAGAAUCGGCUGAGAAAUGGCUCAUGGAUGUCUCACACCCAAGAUCUACAAGAUAUGGAAAACAUUGGACUCAAGAAGAGGUCGUUGCCGCGUUCGCCCCCUCUAAAAAUACUGUGGACGCAGUUACCGAUUGGCUCGUCGAGUCAGGCGGAAUCGAAAGGGCGCGCAUCACUCGAACGAAGAACAAAGCAUGGGUGGCGUUCGAUGCCACAGUCGAAGAGGCUGAGCGGAUGUUCAUCACAGAGUACUUUGAAUUGGACGAUGGGGAGAUGAAGAUAGUGAGCUGCGACCAGUACCACUUGCCAAGCCAUCUGCUUGAGCACGUGGACUACGUAACGCCUGGUGUUAAAGGGUUGCACUUGAAGACCUCAAACAUCGAAAUCAGCGAGAAGGUGCCAAGCAAGCGCGACUCCAAAAAGGCGUUUCGACGUGGAAUAUCCGAGCCCAGCCUUCCAUCGCAAAGGAACACCAGUUCACUCGACACUUGUGAUCAGAUGAUCACUCACGAAUGCAUUCGAGCGUUAUACAACAUUCCAUUCCCAGAUCAGAAAGCCGACGUCAACCCCAACAAUACCAUGGGUAUCUACCUACUCUCCAGCGCGUAUGCACAACAAGACCUGGACAUGUUCUUCUCGAACUUCACACCCUACGUUGCUAAUGGCACUGCUCCAAUCGUGAGCUCUAUUAAUGGGGGCGUGGCACCUGUAGAUGUACUUCAUGCAGGAUCGGAAGCUUGUAUGGACCUGCAAUUGGCUAUUCCCCUCAUACAUCCUCAAAAUGCCACUGUCUACCAGGUCGACGACGAUUACUGGACAGUACAUCAGUGGCUUGAGGGUGGCUUGUUCAAUACAUUCUUGGAUGCUAUCGACGGAAGUUAUUGUACGUACGAAGCAUAUGGUGAGAAGGGAGACAACCCCGACUUCGACCCUGUCUAUCCAAAUGAGCGAGAAGGCGGGUAUAAGGGUGAAAGAAUGUGUGGUGUGUACAAGCCCACGAACGUGAUAUCUAUCUCGUACAUGAAGGACGAAGCAGAGCUCCCUGCGGCAUAUCAAAAGCGACAGUGUGACGAGUGGCUCAAGCUCGGCCUUCAAGGUGUUUCUGUGUUCAUUGCGUCCGGUGAUUCUGGCGUUGGCGACCUUCCCAAGCCUGACUCACCCAAUGGUUGUCUACGUAAUGGCACCGUCUUCACGCCGGGGCAUCCCAAUACAUGCCCGUGGCUGACCAGCGUUGGUGCGACCAAAGUAUAUCCUGGGAAGACAGUAUUCGACCCUGAAAGUGCCGCAAAUGAUCUCGCGGGCGAUCCCUAUUACUUCCCUUACUCUUCCGGUGGUGGCUUCUCGAACGUUUUUGGAGUGCCGAAGUAUCAAUCCGAAGCAGUCAAAGGCUACUUCGAAAUCGCUGAUCCAGGCUACCCUUACUACUACGAUGGCAAUUGGAAAAACAGUACUGGUCUCUACAACCGUAACGGGCGGGGGUUUCCUGAUGUCGCUGCCAACGGCGACAACAUUGCCGCCGUGUACGGUGGUGGUAUUCGUAUGACAGGUGGCACUUCUGCUGCUGCUCCGAUCUUUGCCUCUGUGGUGAACAUAAUCAAUGAGGAACGUAUCAAGGUCGGAAAGGGGCCUGUAGGGUUCAUCAAUCCUGUUUUGUAUGCAAAUCCGGAAGUGCUCAAUGAUAUCAAGAACGGCUCGAAUCCGGGAUGUGGAACCAAUGGCUUCGACGCAUCUAAAGGAUGGGAUCCGCUCACAGGGCUGGGUACACCGGAUUAUCCAAGAAUGCUGGAUCUGUUCUUGAGCUUGCCUUGA